GCUUGGGUUCCAUCAUGGCUCAGCCAACUACAGCUCAAAAGACUGCGGUUCCACGCCCUUUGCACGCCGAUCUUUGUGGGCGGACCGUCGUCGUGACGGGUGCAAACACAGGUAUCGGUCUAGAAACUGUAAAGCACUUUGCCAGAAUGAACCCCAGCCGCCUCAUUCUCGCGUGCAGGAGUGAAGACAGAGGACGCACUGCCCUGCAGAACGUUAAGGAGAGUACGGGAUACUUUGCCGAACUACAGCUCGUCGACUUCAGCGAGUUCUCCUCCGUGAUAGCGUUCGCGGCGAGACUACGCGAUGACCCCGUCGACAUACUCGUGGCGAAUGCAGCCGUCGCUAUGCUUGCAUACGAACUGACCAAAGAUAUCUGGGAACAAAGCCUACAGAUUAACCAUCUAUCGACAGCAUUGAUAUCUUUCUUGCUUUUGCCAAACUUGAUUAGGGCUGCGCAAGAACAUGGGACGCGGUCUCGCCUUGUGAUCGUAUCGAGCGACGCGCACCUCCGUGCAACUUUCGAUCAAACGCUCAGGUCGGCGCCCAGUAUCCUGAAAACUCUGAGCAACAGAGAGUACUGCACACCAGAAGUGAUGGAUAUGAGGUAUCAGCACACCAAGCUGCUCAAUGUCCUCUUCGCCCGAGCCAUCGCGGAGCAUCUGCCGCUUGCGACGCCCGUGGUACCCGUGGCAGUCAACCCAGGGUUCUGCUUCUCCGAGCUCCGCCGACAUCUCCCUCCGGAAAGGCUCGCUGUGCAGAAGAUGCUGGAUGAGACCAUCGGUCGCACGUCGGAGGAGGGUGCGCGCCAGCUUGUUUGGGCUGCACUUGGUCCGGACGGCAAGGAGAGCGAGCGCGCCCUCGAGCUGAGAGGCGCGUAUGUCUCGACCGCCGCUGUUGGACAGCCCGGUGAGUAUGUGCUCAGUGAGGAAGGGAAUAUUGUGCAAGAGAGGAUCUGGAAGGAAACGAUUCACUACUUGUCAGAGAUUUCGCCUAAGGUACAGCAGAUCGUCAAGCAGCUCCUUUGAUAGAUCUUUUAAGUUUGCAUCCGUCAAUGCAUCCGCGCAUUGCAAAAUGAGAGCUGCUUGCAAAUUGAAGCGGAAUAACAGACCUACAGACCCACGCUACGUUUCGAUGAUCUUCUUCGCCAGAUGCCACAAUAUGCACUCAUUGAAGGGCGACUGAAGCUUGGUUUGAUUCACGAGCUGAAGCCCAAUUGCAUUAUAGAUAGCGACCUAGGUAGACUGGAUCAGCGUUCCGUCUUUCAUUCGAUAAACCUCAGCUGACAUUCCGCUCAUUCGUAGCAAUUAGGCCGACACUUAGGGCUCCGAGUUCUAUGGCCUACAUAUGAGU